UUGGUAAAUAGACAAUUUCUCUUUUCCUUCUCUCUUCACGGCAUUGUUUUUUUUUUUAAAUUUAUCCGCAUUGAUGCAUAUAUCAUUUCAAAUUUAUUUAGGAUUGGUGUUCAUUAUAUCAUCAAUGUUACUUCAAAUCUUCCGAACACUUUUGAAGAUAACCCGUCAUUCCACUACUUGAGGAUUUCUGUUGACGAUAACAGUUCACACAAUUUAACACAAUUUUUCCCGGAAGCGAUUGCUUUUGUGGAUGCUGCUGCACGUGCCGGUGAUGCUUGUCUGGUUCAUUGUCUAGCCGGGAUUUCUCGUAGCGUCACUGUGUGUCUUGCAUACCUGAUGGCAAAAAACAAAUGGAGCUUGGAAGAUGCUUACGAUCUGGUGCUGCGCAGGAAUGCAAGCAUAGCUCCAAACUUCCAUUUCAUGGGACAACUAACAGAGUAUGAACGCCAUCUUGGAGUACGUGGUGCAAGUGUGGGAGUAAGUCAUUUGUAUUUAUAUUCGAACUUCAAUUUCAUUUGUAGUAUUUUGAUUAUUUGGCUGUCUGACUGUCUUGCUAUGAGAGGGGUUGGCAUUUCGUUAAAAGGAAUUUUGCUUUUCUUGAAAGCCAUGCUUUCAUUUCUUUUUCUUUUCUGA